UGGGAGGGAGGUGGAGACUCGGGCUCGUUACGCCGAACGUCUCCAAAAUCAAGAAAGCGAUUCUGUGCCUUCUUUGUUGAUUGACAUGUUGCCCGUGGUGGUGGUCCAUGGAGGGGCAGGAGUUGUCCCCAGAGAGCGGUCCGACGUGUCGUGUAAGGGGGUGCAGGCGGCAGUUCGGGGAGGAUACACCAUCCUGAGGGAAGGGGGAAGUGCUUUGGAUGCAGUAGUAGAGGCUGUCACUCUUCUAGAAAAUAACCCCGCCUUCAAUGCAGGCUGUGGGUCGGUGCUUAACGUCAAAGGGGACGUGGAGAUGGACGCCAUGGUGAUGGAUGGCAGAACGCUGGCCAGCGGUGCCGUGUCUGCUGUACGCAACAUAGCUAACCCCACACAGCUCGCCCGCCUGGUUAUGGACAAGACCAGUCAUGUGUGUCUGACGGCGGGGGGCGCCAGCGAGUUCGCCCGGGCCAUGGGCAUACAGGAGGUGCCCCAGGAGUCCCUGAUCACUGACUACGCUCGCAUGCGAUGGAAGAAGAACCUGGGCCCCGGCGCCAACCCAGUGGAGUCCCAAAUGGGGAAGAUGGGCACAGUUGGAGCGGUGGCGGUGGAUGCAGAGGGUAACGCGGCGUGCGCUACCUCCACAGGUGGGAUCCUCAAUAAGAUGGAGGGGCGGGUUGGAGAUACAGCCUGCAUAGGCUCUGGGGGUUACGCUGACAACAAGGUCGGAGCAGUGUCUACCACAGGCCAUGGAGAAGCCAUAAUGAAGGUCACUCUCGCCAGACUCAUCCUGUUCCACAUGGAACAAGGCAUGUCAGCCGCGGCGGCCAGUGACGCGGGUCUGGCCUACAUGUUGGAGCGGGUCGGCGGCCUCGCCGGUGUGGUGACGGUGGACCCUCAGGGCCACUGGGCCGCACGCUUCUCCAGCCUGCAGAUGGUCUGGGCUGCUGCUCAGAACCAAAAACUGCAUUAUGGCAUUUACAGCGGGGACCAGUUCACCCAGGUCAUCGACGACACUCACUAAGAUAAAAUGAAAAAAAAAAAACCCCACUGUAACCAUCAGUCUAGAUUUCAUUUGAUGCUGACUCAGAGAGAGAAAAACUAAUCCAGAUGACAAGGUGAAUGUGUGUAAAUCAGAGCCUG